CGAUCAUGAAUACAUUUAGUGUGUGUUCAAUAUGAGGUUAAUAUGUUUCUGGUGUCUCCUGGUGACGGCGGUUCGCGGUCAGGAUGAUGAGUACUAUGCGCCACAGACUUUUAAUCAGCAGAUGAAUGAAGACAUGUUUCAACCAGUACAUCUUCCAUGGAACUCUGCGCUGAGGAAGGCAGACGAAGCCGGACCUCACUACCGGGAGAUGUUCACUCCGCCUAAGGAUGUGGAUGCUGCAGGGUCCGUCUCUCCCUCCUGGAGACCAGGAAACGAAGCGCCUGUUUAUGAAGACUACAGAGACCAGGGAUAUAAAGGUCCACCAGAAGUAAAGCCAGAGCCCUGGCGCCAGCCCUUCCCCACCAAACAGCAGCAGGCGUCCAUACUCCACCACAAACAAUCCUUGACAUCAGAGGGCGCCUUCCGUUUCGAGUACGCGUCAGACAACGGUCUGGCAGCAGGUGAGGUGAUUGAACCUGACGGCUCCAGGGUGGGAGCUUACCAGUACAAGGACCCCAGCGGACAGCUGGUGAAGCUCAAGUACCGGGCGGGGAAGGGGGGAUUCCAGAUCUUAGAAGGUAGCCACGUCCCGAAGAGUCCAGAACCUUCUCCACCGCAAAACCAAGAUUCGUAUAACAACAACGUGUAUGAGCAGCAGCGGCAACAGUAUGAGACACAGCAGCAGUACAACCAGCAGAGGACUGAACCCGCACAGCAGGCACCCCAGAACCAGGCUACAGGAGGACAGUAUUACCUACAAAAUUGGAAACCUGACGGACAAAACGACGGACAGUACAGAGAAAACGACGUAGAAGAGAACAAAGGUCCCCAUUCUUUCGGUGAAGGAUAUUCCUUCUCCUUCCAAGGGAAAAACAACUAACAAUAGUGAUUCAAUAAAAUGCUUUUAAAUAUUA